AACGCAGCUGUCGUUUAGUGAUCACGCACCUAACGAUUAUUGUUCAUUUUCUAAUGGACAUUUGAACGUGUUUUACAAUUGUGAUUUUUGUGCUUUUGUACUGAAACUGUUUGAACUGCUCUUUAUUUAACGGGAAAUGUUGUUGUGAAGUGUUAAUUGGUGACAUUUUUUAUUGAUUUUAUUGCACAAAAUGAUGAUGGAUCAGGCCCAUUUCAGUGAAUAUCUGCUGAGACAGCAAAUGCUGCACGCUGCCUCGUUGAGCGGUUUGCAGCAUAGAAUAGGCGCGGACGCAGAGCCCCCCGCGUGUGAAGCACGCUUGCUGAAUGGUGAACUUUGGAGGAGGUUUCAUGAUAUUGGAACUGAAAUGAUCAUAACUAAGGGAGGACGGCGCAUGUUCCCAUCCCUCCGCGUAGCCUUGAAUGGCCUGGACCCUCGGGAGGAGUACUGCGUGCUUCUAGAACUCUCUCUCGUGGGUCGCCGCCGCUGGCGCUGGGCGGGCGGCGCGUGGGCAGCGGCUGGAGGCGCAGAACCACAGUCUCCCAGGCGCCUUAUGCUGCACCCCGACUCCCCAGCUCCAGGACAUCAUUGGACAGCCAACCCCAUCUCCUUUAGCAAACUCAAGCUGACGAAUAAUACGAUGGACUCCCAGGGACACAUGGUACUAACAUCGAUGCACAAAUACCGCCCUCGCGUGUUGGUGGUGCGCGCGCGGGACGCCGCCGCGCUGGCGUGGGGCGCGCCUCACGCUUCCUUCUCCUUCCCAGAGACUGAGUUCAUUGCUGUCACUGCUUAUCAGAACGACCGGAUCACGAAAUUGAAAAUUGACAACAAUCCAUUCGCAAAAGGUUUCCGUGCUUGCGGCCAAUCGAAAUGUAAAAGAAAAAACGUGGACAGUGAUCCCAGUAAUUCAGACACACCAACCGAGUCGCCGGAGCCAAAGCGCGCGUGUUCUGAUGCCGCAUCUUCUUGCUCUGAGGAAGGAAGCUUGCGUUCUUCAUCGCCGAGGUCUCCUCCAUUGAUUGAAUCACCAGCACCCCUUAUCCGACAAACUACUCCAGAUAGCACCAGCCCACCAGCGUUCUACCCUCCCGAGUUGCCCUACAUGCAUCCAUUACAUAUGCCUAUGCCUAUGGGCAUUUGGCCCAAUGCUUCCGCGAAUCCCUUUAUGGCGUCUUGGAGUCCAGCCCUUCCCGCCCCCGUACCAAGGAUACCGUCCCCACCAGCCGCCCCGGCGCCUUGUCGUAGAGUUAAAAGCUUCACUAUAAGCGCACUUCUUGGUGAAGGUUGAAGAACAUUUAGAAAUAAAGCGGGAACAACUAGCAAUUUUUAGAUAUAAAUUUAUUAUAUGGUAUCUAAUAUUUUUGUAACAAGAGAUUUUUUUAAACACCUAUUUUAUAGUUUCCUAUUUGGAUAUUAAUGGUAACAUUAUGAAAUCAUAACUUAUAGAUAAAUAGGUUACUUCCUAUAUUAUAUUGUCAUUGAUUAUAUUAAUAUCACUGUUCAAGUUUCAACUACCUCGUAAUUUAAUAAAUUUUUGCUUUGUGAUAGCUGUGCCUUUAAGUAUGUAAAUAGUUAAGAAAUUAGAGUAAGUAUUUAUAGUUAUAUAUUAUAUCUACUGCAUAAUUAAACUGUCGGAAGUCUAAAGAACCUACCUAUUAUGUUACUAAGCAUGUAUACUACGUAAAAUAAGGUCUUGUUUGUAAAUACUGUAAAUAGUAAUAAAUAAAUAUGUGUAGUUAGGUAAACAGUAAAUACAGUAUAUG